AUGGCUGCCCUUCCGGUAGAGGAUUCUGUAUCUUCCCUUGUUCAGAAAUGGCUUGAGUGGGACCAGGAUCCCACCACACGCUCGGAGAUCGAGCAACUCCGCGACACAGGCCAGACGGAUGAGCUAGAGAAACGCCUACGGAAACGAAUCCAGUUCGGGACGGCAGGCCUCCGUGGCCGGAUGGCCGCCGGCUUUUCUUGCAUGAAUUCUUUGACGGUCAUUCAAGCAUCGCAGGGCUUGGCCAAGUACCUGAGAGACUACCAUGGCGACCUUAUUUCGCGUGGUGUGAUCAUCGGUCAUGAUGCCCGCCACAAUUCUGCCAAAUUCGCGGCUCUAGCCGCGAAUGCCUUCAUCGCGCAGGAAAUCCCAGUCCUCUUUUAUUCUGGGCCAGCUGUGACUCCGUCUGUGCCUUUUGGUGUGACCGACUUGCAUACUCUGGCGGGAGUCAUGGUCACAGCAAGCCAUAACCCAGCGCAGGAUAAUGGUAAUUACUUCAAAAAUGGCUGCCAGAUCAAUAGCCCAAUGGACCGAGAGAUAUCCGAAUCGAUCGAGCAGAACCUAAAGCCAUGGCCAAAUGCGUGGAAAGAGUCUCCAUCUAGCGAUUACCUACGGGCCCAGGCUUAUGAAGAAAUCUUGCCUCGCUAUACCACAAGAGUGUGGCAUUACUCGAAAUCAACCGUCCAGGAAUGGAAGCGGCCAAGGCCUUUUGUUUAUACCCCAUUGCACGGCGUUGGUGGAUUAGUAUUUCCCGCCCUGUGUCGCUCCUUGGGUAUCAAUGAUUUCACAUCCGUACCUAAACAAGUCACCCCAGAUCCAGACUUUCCUACGUUACCAUUCCCGAACCCCGAGGAGGCUGGCGCACUAGACCUCGCUGUUGAAACUGCUGAUAGGGAAGGUAAAACCCUCAUUAUCGCUAAUGACCCAGAUGCAGACCGUUUUGCGGCAGCUGAGAAGGUCGAUGGAUCGUGGUUCUUUUUUACUGGUAAUCAUAUUGGUGUUCUUCUUGCGUCACACCUUUUUGAUACACUUGAGAACAUCGACAGUGACACUCGUGUUGCGGUUCUCAACUCUGCCGUCUCAUCCACUAUGCUUAGCAAAAUGGCGGCAGCGAGGGGUAUUUACUUUGAAGAGUCCUUGACGGGCUUCAAAUGGAUGGGAAAUACAUCUCGAAAGCUAGAGGAAUCAGGCUACUAUGUGACGUUCGCAUUUGAAGAAGCCCUUGGUUACAUGUUCCCGGAGGUGUGCUAUGACAAGGACGGUAUCACUGCGGCUAUGGUCUUCCUGUCAGCCGAAGCAAGAUGGAGCUCCCAGGGUCUUACGCCAUACACGAAGUUACAGCAACUAUUCCAAGAAUUUGGACACCACGAGACUCUUAAUAACUAUUUCCGGUCGCCCAAUCCGGAGACCAGCAUGGAUCUGUUCCGCUCUAUACGAGCUGGGCCCUCGAGAGAUGAGAUGAGGCUCGGACCAUUCAAGAUCCUCCGAUGGCGAGACAUGACGGAAGAUUAUGACUCGGGAACCGAUAAUAAGAAACCAACCCUCCCGGCAGACAAGAGCAGCCAGAUGCUGACGUUGUGGCUUGACCCCGACGUUCGGUUCACAAUUCGCGCGUCAGGCACUGAAGCUAAAGUAAAAUUCUACAUCGAAAGCUGCAGCGCUUCACGCGAACAAGCGAUAGCGGCAGUCUGUGACACUUUCAAGGCUGUUCUGAAAGAAUGGAUCCAGCCUUUCGGCAGAUCGAUGACAUACAGCAAACAGCUCCCCACCUCUUCAGGUCAUAUUCUUCGGCUCGGUUAG